GGGAUGGAGGCGGGGCUUGGCUCGGUGGGCGUGGCCCCCGCUCCCGCUCCGGUCGCCCGUGGAGACACCGGGAGCGGCGCUCGGAUCAUUACACCGAUAAAAUCAAAGCAAGCUGGACAGGGAGCAGGUCUGCCUAUGUAGCGUGUGUGGUGGCUGCCUGUGUGCAGCAGCAGUUCAGGGCGCUGUGCUGCCUGCUGCAACAACAACCCCCGUGUUUCCCUGCAGAGCCUCCCUGCCCCUCUGAAAAUGUCAGGCAAAACGGCCACCACGAGCAACAACAUCGCCCAGGCCCGCAGGACCGUGCAGCAGCUGCGCAUCGAGGCCUCCAUCGAGAGGAUAAAGGUGUCCAAGGCCUCGGCUGACCUGAUGCUGUACUGUGAGGAGCACGCCAAGAAGGAUCCCCUGCUGAUGGGCAUCCCAGCCUCCGAGAACCCCUUCAAGGACAAGAAAACCUGCAUUUUGUUAUAGGGCAGGCAGGGGCAGCCCCUCCUGCCCAGCCCCUGGGCCAAGCACCACCGCUCCCCCAGGUACCUGCACCCCGUGGGCACCCCCUGAGCUCCCCAAGGCAUUCCUGCUGCCCCUGUCCCCCUUAGGAGCUUUCUGCCUCUCUGUCCUGGCCAAGGGAACGGGCUCCAGGGUCUCUGCACUGCACGGGGGGUCCUGGUGGCAUUUGCCAACUCCAGCACGACCAAAGUUGCCUGAGCUUUGCAGACAAAGCAGAGCUGUGGAGACCUGAUGGAAUCACUGGGUUUACAUUUUAUAAAAUUGUGGAUUUUUUUUUUUUUUUGUUUUUGUUUUGGGGGGAGGGUGGGGGGGAUUGUGCCUGGCACCUGUUUGUGCACAGGCACGCCUAAAGUGCAUUUUCUAGCAAAAUCUACCUUGCAAAAUGAUUGUAGCAGCUGCUGGGGAGCUCCAGGGAGCUCUGCCUCAGCCUUCCUCCUGCUGGCCUCUCAUCCCAGGGCUUUCAAAGGAUAGAGAUGGGAAUCAGGGAUGCUUUCCCUGCUUUCUGUCAGUUGGAAAAGCAGAAUUUCCAGCUUGGAUUCUGCUGCGUUUUUUCUCAAAAAACCACCUGUGUUAGUAUAAAACACAUCCUCAGAGAGAUGAGGAAAGAAAGAGAGGCUGGAAGUGCCCUGGCAGAGCUGGAGGAACGCUGCCCUCGCUCCCAAUCCCAGCUGGGUUCUGAGCAGGGAGUCAGAACUUGACUCAUUUUUAUAAAAAAAUCCAUUUUUAAACAGGAAAAAUGCCAAAUUAGCUCCAGCUUGUGGUUAUGCAUCUAUAAUUGAGGGCCUUUCCAUCUAGUAUAUAUUUUAUAUAUACACAUAAUAAAAAAGUCUUUCUCUGUG